AUGUUAGCACCAAGAACCAACUACGGUUCCUAUACACUAUCUAGCAUGUUCAGAGGCUUCAAACAUCGACCUCAAUGCAAAGAAACGAAGAUACGGAGGUUGUAUAGAGCGGUAGAAGGCGCGGGUGGGGCAGAACGUGGGGCGCGGGGUGUGCGUGCGUGCGCAGGCUAUGAAGACACAGCGCGCGGCAGUCCGGCCGCCCCCGCAGCUCGCUCCGGUCCCGGCAUCGCCGGGCCUCCGCUCGGAUGCCGCUGCCGGCCGCCGACUGCGAUGGUCCACGCCGGGCCGGCCGCGCGCGCGCCUUCUCGCGCGAUGUUCGCCGCCGCUGAGACGAAACCGCGCCGCGCCGUCUCGCCGCUCGGUAUCCCCAAGUCCCCGUCUUUUCAUUCCGGCCUCGACCUAGUCGCGAAUCAGACCACUAAGCGCUCCGAGAGCGUGUCGGACGUUGCGCGUGCAUUCCGCUUCGCGCUGUUCGGCGACGGCUCCGGCCCCGACUCCGGCAUGGAGGGCCAGGGCCCGCCGCAGCAGAAGGUGCCGUCGCCACCGGGCGCGCGCAGCCCACCGCCCCCGCCGCCCACCGCGCCCGCGCCUGUCGCCGGCGCGCCGCUUUCCGACCGCCCGCCGCUGCUGAAUGAUAAGGAGAGUUUGAUGGUGCAACUGCCUCUACUCAAAGAUGCGCCGGCAGCAGAACGCGAGCAGUUAUUCGUGCAGAAGCUCCGGCAAUGUUGUCUGCUGUUCGAUUUCGCGGACGAGCCGUUAUCAGAUCUGAAAUGGAAGGAGGUGAAACGCGCCGCGCUGCUGGAGAUGGUCGACUAUGUCACCUCACAGCGCGGCGUUAUCACAGAAGCUAUAUACCCGGAAGCAGUUAAUAUGUUUGCAAUAAACUUAUUCCGGACAUUACCUCCGUCGUCAAAUCCGAAUGGCGCAGAGUUCGACCCUGAAGAAGACGAGCCCACACUGGAGGCGGCUUGGCCGCACCUACAGCUGGUAUACGAGCUGUUUCUGCGGCUACUUGAGUCGCCAGACUUCCAGCCCAAUGUGGCCAAGAAAUAUAUCGACCAGAAAUUUGUCUUACAGUUAUUAGACCUGUUCGACUCUGAGGAUCCUCGCGAGCGCGAUUUCCUCAAAACCACCUUACAUAGGAUAUACGGCAAGUUCCUCGUGCUGCGAGCAUACAUCAGAAAACAGAUUAACAAUGUGUUCUAUAGGUUUAUCUAUGAAACGGAGCAUCACAACGGCAUCGCUGAGCUGCUGGAGAUCCUGGGCUCCAUCAUCAACGGGUUCGCGCUGCCGCUCAAGGAGGAACACAAGGUCUUUCUACUUAGGGUCCUCCCGGCAUUAUUAAAAUACUGGCCAAAAACACACUCACCAAAGGAGGUGAUGUUCCUCAACGAGAUGGAGGAGAUACUGGACGUGAUCGAGCCGGCCGAAUUCCAGAAAAUCAUGGACCCGCUCUUCCGGCAGCUCGCCAAGUGCGUCUCCAGUCCGCAUUUUCAGGUGGCAGAAAGAGCUCUCUACUACUGGAACAAUGAGUACAUAAUGUCCCUGAUAUCGGACAACGCGACGCACAUCCUGCCGAUCAUGUUCCCAUCCCUCUACAGGAACACUAAAAGCCAUUGGAACAAGACCAUACACGGGCUGGUGUAUAACGCGUUAAAACUGUUCAUGGAAAUGAAUCAGAAGCUGUUCGACGAAUGCACGCAACAGUAUAAGGCUGAGAAACAAAAAGAGCGCGAGCGGCUGAUGCAGCGUGAAGAGCUGUGGCAGCGGCUGGAACACCGGGCGGCGCAGAACCCCGCGUACCGUGCAUGCCCCUCCGGCGACGAGGCCAGUCCGCUGGGCGACGACGCCGCGCCCGACCUUUCCUACCAGCGCAUCGAACAUGAAGCGCAGGAGGCGCGCAAGCAGAACUACAACGCCAACAAGCCGCUGCUGCGCAAGAAAUCGGAGUUGCCCGCCGACUCGUCGACCGUUAAGGCGCUGAUCGAGCACAAGCGCGCCGACCCGUACCUACCCACGCCGCCAGACGUCAACCAGUGCUAGCCCCCGCCCCACCACCGAACUGUGUGCGAGAGACGCCCCCCACUCCCUAACCCAUCUUAACAUGUCCCGAAACUUGUCUCAACACGUCCCGACACUUGUUACAACAUGUCCCGACACUUGUCCUAACACGUCCCGAUACUGGACACUUGUGUAAACAUGUUUGAAACACGUGGUCUCAUGCUCAUCAACCUGUCGU